AUGAUAGAGCUGAUACUAAAACUNGAGGGCUUGCUUCCCAAUCCCCCCUCCUCUCCCCCAGGGCUUGCUUCGCAGCCUUCUGGACCACCAGGAACACCAGGAAAUCCAGGAACACCAGGAAUACCAGGUUUUAUUGGUAGCAAAGGAGGAACAAGAGGUUCACCGGGACCAAAGGGAGAACCUGGACCUCAGGGACAAAAGGGACAAACAGGGCAGGGGCUGUCUGGAGUCAGUUACGUGCGCUGGGGCCGGACAAGUUGUCAUGGAGAUGCUCAGGUUGUUUACACAGGAAUCAUUGGAAGCGGUCAUUAUAAUCACCAGGGAGGCGGUGGAAAAUACCUGUGUCUCCCCAACAACCCAAAGUACGACAGAUAUAGUGACAGCUGGGAUGGAACAGUCAUAUAUGGAACUGAGUAUGAAGUUAGUUCCUUUAAUCCAUUUACAAAUAACCUGCAUGACCAUGAUGCACCAUGUGCCGUGUGCUACGUCAGAUCACGCGGUUCUCAACUGAUGAUGCCCGCAAGAAAUGAUUGUCCAUCUGGUUGGGCUGAAGAGUAUCAUGGCUAUUUGAUGACCGCUCCUUAUGUCCACAAAAUUACACGAGACUUCAUCUGUGUUGACAGGGAGGCUGAGUAGGUUCCUGGCUCUCAAUCUAAUCAGAAUGGCGCGUUGCUGUAUCUUGUACAAGGAGGUUGCGGCUCGUUACCAUGCCUUCCAUACUUUCGAGGCAGGGAGCUGACAUGCGCAGUCUGUACCAAAUAAAAGAUUAGGAACCUAAAACUGAUGUGCCUCUUAAACUACCACACAGUGAAAAGUGUUAAUCUAUCCCUUAAUAUCUUACGCGACUUAAGUUUUCUUUAAUUUUUUAAAACAAAUUGGUUGCAAAAAUGAUUUAAUCGUGUCUUAGUUUGCAGCUGUAUUAUUAGCAACUCAGCUAGACAGGCCGUAAUUUAUCAAAACAUACCCAUCUGUGUACUUAAGAAACGAUUGAAAAUUCACCGUUUCGCUCCCUCUUAUUACUUCAUGUGUUACCUUAGUAUUUUAUUGUAAGUAGUUCAUAAAAGAGAUCAUAUUUACUCUGCAAAUAAUAAAAUACUAAAAAUAAUUCUAAAAGCACAAGCCUGAGUGAUUUUUUUGUAAUCGUGUGACGGAGGAAAUACUUCUUUGUAGUUAUAGAGAUAAAAUUUUUCUAAGGGAAAUAAGUUGUCUCUCAGAGUCUGGAUAUUCUACCAAGUUAGGUACAAUCAAAGGAAUUCAGUCGAUGUAAGAAAAAAUAUUAUAUAUACAAGGCUAAAAAAUUAAGAAAAAAUUAUUAAAAAGUUUAA